AUGAUGGAGACGCAACCGACCCAGCAGGCAACACAGGCUACGCAGAAGUACUUGAUUGACAAUUUUACUCAGGAGCAGAUCAAGAAGAAUAGCGUGUAUAGAGUUAUAUGCACAUCGGGACAGAUUCCGAUCAAGGACAUGGAAGUGGAUGUGGAACAGAUAGCAAAGAAGAAAGAAUCGAUCAAGAAAAUAUGGACUUUUGGUAGAAACAACGCUUGCGAUUACCAUCUAGGAAACAUAUCACGGUUGUCAAAUAAGCAUUUUCAAAUACUUCUUGGUGAAGACGGUAACUUAUUGCUUCGAGAUAUCUCUACAAAUGGAACUUGGUUGAAUAAUCAGAGGAUAGAAAAGGAUAGAAAUCACUUGCUGUCACAGGGAGAUGAAAUAACUGUUGGUUUAGGUGUUUCCUCAGAUAUUAUAUCACUGGUGAUAUUUAUCAAUGAAAAGUUUAGAGAUUAUCUGGAAGAAGUGAGACAAGAGUUGAGUAGUCAAGGUCUGAAGGUAAGCUCCAAAAGCAAUGCCAACCCUAACAUUAAUCUAACGGGUAUAUACAAGGAUUUCUCCAUUAAUGAUGAAGUGGUCGGCACUGGUGCUUUUGCUACUGUCAAAAAGGCUGUAGAGAGAAAUACAGGUAAAACUUUUGCUGUAAAAAUCAUUAAUAAGCGGAAAGUAGUUGGUAAUAUGGACGGUGUUUCAAGAGAAUUAGAGGUUUUGCAGAAAUUAAACCACCCUCGUAUAGUAAGUCUGAAAGCUUUUUAUGAGGAUGAAGCAAACUACUAUAUGGUAAUGGAGUUUAUUUCUGGCGGUGACCUGAUGGACUUCGUUGCUGCACAUGGCGCUGUAGGAGAAGAAGCUGGUAGAGAAAUAUCGCGACAGAUAUUGGAGGCUAUACAGUAUAUACAUUCAAAGGGGAUUAGUCAUAGAGACUUAAAGCCUGAUAAUAUCUUGAUAGAACAGGAUGACCCUGUGUUGGUUAAAAUAACUGAUUUUGGUUUGGCUAAAGUGCAAGGCAACGGAUCUAUUAUGAAGACAUUCUGUGGCACAUUAGCAUAUGUUGCUCCAGAAGUAAUUGGAGGAUUUACAGGUGCUACAGGCGAAGAAGAGACAGAGGAAGAACGUAUAGAGUACUCUUCCCUAGUUGAUAUGUGGUCGAUGGGUUGUCUUGUAUUUGUUAUAUUGACUGGGCAUUUACCCUUCAGCGGUAGUACUCAGGAACAACUCUAUGAGCAAAUAAGAAAAGGUUCUUAUCAUGAAGGGCCACUGAAAGACUUUCGGAUAUCUGAUGAAGCAAGAGAUUUCAUUGAUGGUCUUUUACAGGUCGAUCAAAGUAAGAGGAUGACUGUUGACGAUGCACUGAAUCAUCCAUGGAUUAAACAAUGCUCAUCUCAAUUUGAUGCUAACUCCAUGAGUUCACAAGUUUCCUUGUCACAAUCCAUGUCGCAACAAAAAGCACUUGAAAGUCUCGAUGAUGCGCAAUACGAGUUCUUGAAAGCUCAGAAGAAACUUCAACAGGAUGAGCCGAUCAAUGAUAAAUUAAAGGAUUUCAAAGUGCCGACGCAACCGCCAACACGUUUUACACAACCUAAAGUAAUCAACCCUAUUGAAAAUAUAAAGAAGUACACGAAAAGUGUUAAGAAAAAAGGUUCCGGUAAGUUUAUGACUUUCAAACCAUUGCCGGAGAGUGUAAUUCAAGAAAGUUUUGAGAUAAAGCAAGGUAUCAAUCCUUUCUUUAUUGGACGGUCAGAUGAUUGUAAUUGCAGAAUAGAUGACAACAGGCUCUCGCGAGUCCAUUGUUUCAUUUUGAAAAAGAGACAUCCGAUUGGUAAAAGUAUAUAUGAGUCCCCAGCUCAAGGUCUAGAUGAUAUAUGGUAUUGCCAUUCUGGUUCAAAUGACAGUUAUGUGAACGACAUUCGAAUGACUCCAGGAAAGAAAUAUCUACUUCAAGAAGGUGAUGAAAUCAAGAUUAUUAAGGAUAAGCAGAAAGACUUCGUCAUUGGUUUUCAAGUUGAAUUGAACGAUACAACGGGUUUGUUCAAUAACGGGUUAGGGAUUCCAAAUGAGGAGAGAUCUGUGACCUCGCAGACAGAAGAUGAGCUAAAGUUAGUGUCAAGAUUGGCCAAGAUAAUGGCCGCCCAGAGGUCCAGCACUAAAGAAGCAAACGAAACAAUGGAUCAAAAUAGGAACCUGUUGAAGAAAGUGCAUUCAGUUUCGCUUUCACAAUCAAUAACCGACCCAUCUAGGAAAGUUAAGAGAGCUAAGCUUGACCAAACUGACCAUAACGCUGAAAAUAUGCAAUUUUUUUGA